GGCCUCCGGGGUUUUCCCGGACUGCUCUUUGGCUGCUGUAAGGGACAGUCUACAAACUGACAAGAGGCGUCAACCUUUUCCCUUAGGGGGCGGAUUCCGGUAGGAGCCGAGCGUUCGGUCGGAGACGCCCCUUUCAGCGUGAGGCGGGGAGAGAGGCUGUGCCCGGAGCCUGCAGGGCGCCGCCUUACCUUUGUGGGACAUGGCCCGCUGUGGGGAGGGUGGCGCGGCCCCGAUCGUACAGCUGGGGUCCCCUGGAGUUUGCAGUAAGGGGUUACCAAGGAAGGGGCCGUGUGAGCGGCGCCGGCUGAAGGCGUUGGUGUCGGAGCAGCUCGGCCAGGAUCUGCUCAGGCUUCUAAGAGAAGAAAUCCAUACAGAUGUUACUUUCUCUAUAGGCUGUACUUUGUUCAAAGCACACAGAGCAAUUCUUUUAGCAAGAGUUCCUGACUUCUAUUUUUGUAGUAUUGGACAGACAUCAAAUGAUUUAACAAAUCAUGAGCCUAUUGCUGUGGAGAACUUUGAAGCUUCAGAAUUUAAAACAUUUUUACAGAUUGUAUACUCAUCAAACAGAAACUUAAAAAACUAUGAAAAGGAAAUUCUUAGGAAAAAGAUAGUAGAGCACGGGGUACCACAAACACAACAUGACUUCAGUUUUGGAAAGUGUACUGACAAUGAUGGAAGACCACCUACAGAGUUCUUAGAUAAAAAAUCACCUGAUUGUUCUCUUCUGAAGCAUGAAAUUCCAGAUAUGAACGAUGGAGAGGACAAUUUUGUUUCCAGUGAUAUUUAUGACUUGGAACCUGCAUCUGAAUUAGGAGAAGAUAUAUUGAAACUUUACGUGAAACAACUUUGCCCAGAUAUUGAUAUUUACGUUGAUGGAAAAAGUUUUAAAACUCACAGAGCCAUUUUAAGCGCCAGAUCUAGUUAUUUUGCUGCAAUGCUGAGUGGAUGUUGGGCGGAAAGCUCUCAAGAGUACAUUACUCUUCAAGGUAUAAACCAUGUAGAAAUGAACGUUAUGAUGUAUUUUGUAUAUGGAGGGACUUUGGACUUUCCAGACAAAGCUAAUGUUGGUAAGAUACUCAAUAUGGCUGAUAUGUAUGGACUAGAAGGAUUAAAAGAAGUAGCAAUCUAUAUUUUAAGAAGAGAUUACUGUAAUUUCUUUCAGAAGCCUGUCCCUAGAAGCUUGGCAUCUAUACUAGAAUGCCUGGUUAUUGCUCAUUCAGUUGGAGUAGAAAGUCUUUUUGCUGACUGCAUGAAGUGGAUUGUAAAGCAUUUCGGAAGGUUUUGGUCUGAGAGAAGCUUUGCAAAUGUACCUCCUGAGAUUCAGAAACAUUGUCUUAACAUGUUGAUUCAGUCCUUAAAUGAUAAGAAUGCUGCUUUUCUUCUGAUGGAAAGUGACAGGCUAAUCAUCAGUUUACCCAGAGUGAAGUGGACAGAAGCAGCACUGACUAUGGCAUCUCAGCUACAGGAAGAAUGUAUUGCAUUUAUUAUAGAAAACUUCUCCAAGAUCAUUCAAAGUGAAAAUUUUGCUCUUCUCUUACAGUCACAAGCAAUGAGCAGCACAGCUGAUCUGUUGGAAAAAAUUUUAAAAGCAAUUGAAGAAAACAUUACCACCGAGAAUAGUUGCUCUCUUCUUAUGGCUCUGGACAUGUUACUGAACUCUGACAGUACAAAAGAAAUGGGUUUUACGUGCAAGAUCCAGGCUCUGCGUGAUAAGCUGUGGAUCUUCCUGGUUCAGUCUUUCUAUGCUGUUCGUCACACAGAAAGCUGGAAGCUGAUGAGCACAGAUGAUCAACAGAAAAUCCAAGCAGCUGCUUUUGACAAAGGUGAUGAUCGAAGACUUGGUAAAAAGCCUAUAUUCAGUAGCUCUCAGCAAAGGAGACAAGUUUCUGACUCUGGUGUUAUAAAAAACAAAUCUCUGAGAGAAAAUAACAAGAAAGAGUGCUGGAGUUGUCCCUCUACUAAUCAAAAGAUGAAAUCCGAUGGAUUAGGAGCAUCUGGACAUUCAUCAAGUACUAAUAGAAAAACUAUAAAUACAACUUUGAAGCAUGAUGACUUCAAGGAAAAGGAUAGUAUGAAAAUAGCUCCUAAGGUUACAAAAGAAUUAAAAUCUGGGGGAAAAAAUGUUUCUGGAAAGCCCAAAGCUAUAAUAAAACCGAAAACAGAAAACAAUGAUAAUACCAAGUCAGCAAACAUGUCACCUAGACAAGCUGUAGAAAGAUCAGCAACAGCAGCAACAAAUGGACCCAAAAAUACAUUCAAUGGAAAAGGAGUGAGAGGCCAAGAAGGACAGAUUUCAGGUGCCAGACCCAAGGUACUCACUGGAAACUUAAAUGUGCAAGCCAGAGUAAAGCCUUUGAAGAAAGUGACAGGAAAAGAUUCUCCAUGCCUCGGCAUCACAGAACCCUCCAGCAGAUCUACAAAUUCAAGUAUGGAAUUAUUGGUUCCCCCUGAAUGUCUGGAUGAACCCAAAGAAAAUGGAUCAUUUGGAGAAGAGAAGCCAUCUGGUCAUGAACUGUCCUUUUGUGACUCUCCAGGACAGACAGAGAAAAACAGUGUAGAAUGUAUCAAAACUUCCACUGUAGCAGUAAAAUCUCAACCUGUUUCAAAAGUUACCAAUGGAACUUUCAAUAAAAAAAGCAUCCAUGAACAAGAAACUAAUAUAAAUAAUAGUGCGCUAAAGAAGGUCACUAGCAAAGGAUAUAGUGAUCCAGUACCACAGGCAAUUUUAAAGAAAAGAGGAAAUGACAAUGGAUGUGCUGCAGCUCAGCAGAGGACAAAGAAUACCCCAUCCAAUCUUGCCAAAACUCAAGGAUCCCAAGGAGACUCACCAAAUUCAGUAAAAUCUUCAGUCUCUUCAAGGCAGUCUGAUGGAAAUGUAACAAAGUUGGACCACAGUAUAACAGAUAAACAAACACCUAAGAGAAAAAUUGUCAAGCAGGGGCACACAACUUUACCUAAGGUUAAUGCAAAAAUAGUGGCGAUACCUAAAAACCUACAUCAAUCUAAGAAAGGUGAAACUUUGAAUAAUAAAGAUUCAAAACAGAAAAUGUUUCCUGGACAGGCCACAUUGAAGACUCAGUCUUCUUCUCAAAGACCUUUAAAAAGUGAAACAUCUGUUGUCCAGAAGAGUAAUAACAAGGGCAGUGUUACUGAACAGAAGCCUCAUGAACCUCUAAUUAACCUCACCUCUGAAAACCGUGGUAUGGAAGCAUCCCAGUCAUCAUGCACACCUGAGCCACAAAAGCCAUUAAACAAUCAAGAAAACGAGAAAUUGGUAUUGGAAUGCCAAAAUAUUUCAAAUCUGGAUAAAUCAAUAAAACCUGAAUUGGAAUCAAGACAGAUUUGUUCAGAUAAAAGUGAAACACAAUCUUCCAGUCAUAAAGAAACAGAUUGUUGCAACACAGGUAAACUACAUUGUCAUUCUGAUGGAAGUGAUAAUGUAGAUCCAAAGUGUUGUAGCACCGUUGUCAUAAAAUCCAUGAUUUCAAAUCCAAAUGAAAACCUCUUGAACUCUAAUCCAGUUUGUGAUUUAGACUCAGCAAAUGAAGAGCAAAUUUAUUCAGUAUUAGAUAAGGAGAAGCCUAUAGGGAGAAAAGACAUGAUCAAAAACUCAAGCAUUAAAUGUGUGAAAGAUGUUUUACCUUGUGUUCUUGAAAGAACAAAUAGUACUUUACAUACCAUUCAAGAUGAUAGAAAAUCUAAAUUUUAUGUAGAACAGACAAUUCCUAGUCAGUUAUCUGAUGACUCUGCUAUGAAUGAAGACAAAGAUGCUACUGCAGACUCGGAUAGCUCCUCCAAGUGCUUUUUAGAACCAAUAUCAGGAAAAAAUUCUCCUAAAGAUAUGGAAACAACAGCAACUCCAGAUUGCCAUGAAAAUCCAGAAGCUCCAUUCAUGAGUCACUGGAAUUUGAGUGCCAGUGUUCUGCAUCAGAGAGAGAGUCCUGAAUCUGACACUGGCAGUGCUACCACGUCCUCUGAUGACAUAAAGCCCAGGUCUGAAGACUACGAUGCUGGAGGGUCUCAGGAUGAUGAUGGGUCAAAUGACAGAGGUAUUUCUAAAUGUGGCACUAUGCUGUGCCAUGAUUUUCUUGGAAGAAGCAGCAGUGAUACCAGUACUCCUGAAGAAUUAAAAAUAUAUGAUAGUAACUUAAGAAUUGAAGUGAAAAUGAAAAAGCAAAGUAGUAAUGAUCUUUUCCAAGUUAAUUCGACAAGUGAUGAUGAGAUUCCUAGGAAAAGGCCAGAAAUUUGGUCUCGGUCUACAAUAGUCCACCCUAAGGAAAAAGAUAAUAUUCUACGAGGCAGUGUCCAGUUUGCUCAGGAAGUAGAUCAAGUUUCUUCCUCAGCAGAUGAAACAGAAGAUGAAAGAUCUGAAGCUGAAAAUGUUGCAGAAAAUUUCUCAAUAUCUAACUUAGCUCCUCAGCAUUUUCAGGGGAUAAUUAAUUUAGCGUUUGAAGAUGCAGCUGAAAAUGAAAGUCACGAGUUUUCUGCAACUAAAAUUUUUAAAAGGUCAAUUUUACUUUCAGUAGAUGAAUGUGAAGAACUGGGAUCUGAUGAAGGGGAAGUUCAUACUCCCUUGCAGCCUUCUAUAGAUUCUCUUUCACCUUCUGAUGUUUUUGAUGGCAUUUCUCAUGAACAUCCUAGAAAGACCUGCUAUUCCAGAGGUUCACAAGGAAGUGAAGGCAGUAUUUUUGAAUGUAAACAAGAUAAAGGCAAUAGUGUAUGUAAAAAUGAAAGCUUUCUCUUGGGCUUUAAUAGCACUGACUCUCCAAGAAAAGAUAAACAGAGUGCUUCGGCCACAGAAAAAUCUGCAAUUGAUGUCCUGUCCAAAGGAAGCAGACAACUUCUUCUGGAAAAUAAAAAAAUAAACAAUGGAAGCAAUGUAGAUAAUGACUUUCAGCAACGUAGCAAACUCUCAGAUAAUGAUACAAAAUCUCAAGAAAGACCAUGUCAUUUGGAGCUUCAUCAAAGAGAACCCAAUUCUGACAUACCAAAGACCAGCUCUAUAAAAACUCUGGACUCCUGUUGGAGUCAGCUUCUGCCUCAGGAAGUUCAAGUGAAAGAGAGCCAUUCUACAGCUACUGAAAAAGCUAAUAUUGCUUUAUCUGCAGGAGACAUAGAUGAUUGUGAUACACUGGCACAAACCUACAUGUAUGACCAUCGGCCUUCAAAAACCCUCUCUCCAAUAUAUGAGAUGGAUGUAAUAGAAGCAUUUGAGCAGAAAAUGGAAUCAGAAACACACAUUACAGACAUGGAUUUUGAAGAUGAUCAGUACUUUGCAAAACAAGAUUGGACACUAUUAAGGCAACUGCUCUCUGAACAGGAUUCAAACUUAAAUAUUACAAAUUCUGUUCCUGAAGACUUAAAUUUAGCACAGUAUCUAAUCAAUCAGACACUCCUUUUAGCACGAGACAGCUCAAAACCUCAGGGUAAAGCACAUGUUGACACUUUGAACAGAUGGAGUGAACUAACCUCUCCACUGGAUUCCUCAGCAAGCAUCACCAUGGCUAGUUCUUCCUCGGAAGAUUGUUCACCCCAAGGGGAAUGGACAAUUCUGGAACUGGAAACUCAGCAUUAAGAGUGCUAACACUUUGGAAAUUUUUGAACCAUGCCAACCCUUUUAUUUUUUUGAUGUUUAUAUUAUAUCCAAAUGAUAAUUACAUUAGCCAGAGAUACACUGCCCUUAAUAUUGAGGGAGUCUUUCCAGUUUAUUGAAGUAAACAUAGUUUGUUUAUUAAUAUGAUAUCACAUGUAGAAAACAAGUUUUUCUAAUAUUUUGAGCAUGUUUUAUUAGAAAAAUUAGAAGAUUAUAAGGAAGCCCUUCAGUUUUCUUUCCUUACUGAUCAUUCACUUAUCAUUCAAGAAUUUAAAAUGUGAAUGAAUGCACAGGUAAUCUCUUCCUUUACUUUUUUGCUCUGCAUAUGGCAACAUAGUAAUUUAACAAUAAAAAAUGUAUUGUGCUUGUGUCAAUUAUGUAGUUAAUCUGUGAGUAACAUUCAAACUUGGGUUGGUGGGUUGGUGUGGUUGAGGCUGACAGCUGAAUAUUAGAAAAAACCUUGAAGGUGUUAUGCUCAGUGAAAUAAGUCAGACAGAGAAAGACAAAG